AUGUUAUAGUAUUGAAUAGUAACAUUUAAAAAUUUAAUAUUUAUUUAAAAUUAUAUGUUAUACUGUGUUUAAGGAAAAGCAUUGUAUCAGUUUGUUUAUAGUAAAUAACACUGGUUGUCUUUUCAGUGGUGGAUGUCAUGGGUCACUUAUAAUUUACUAUUACAGGGUCAUAAAUAUAAAAGGUUGACCUAUUUUAAAUGAAAAAAAGUACUUUAUUUUUAUAAAAUGAAAUUGGAAAGACAAUAAAAAUUUAUUUAUUUAAUUAGAUUGUGAUAUGAAAGAACAAGUAGAAGGUUGCUUAAAUAUGCCACCUACAUACCAUACAGUUGUCUCCAGAGCCCAAUUAGCACAGCAUUUUUAUGAUCUUGCUAAAAAUCAGAGGGUUUCUUGUGAAAGAUUAGUAUAUGACCAACACCUUCAACAACAAGGUUGGGCUGCAGUUGUGGCAAAUUUAGAAGAUAUUGCCAGAAAUGGCGAGAAUGCUCAUCUUACUGCAAAUUUAUUUAAUCAACGUUAUCCAAACAAACAUUGUAAUGCAAAAUACAUUCUAGAGUUGGUUCAAAAGUUUAAGUUAACGGGUUCUGUGGCUAACAAAAAACGCACUCCCGGACGUGAACUUCCAGUAAGAAACGAAGCGACAGAGAUUGAGAUUUUGGGGCAAGUUGCUGCAGACCCAACUUUAAGUAUAAGGAAGCUGGAGGCUGUGACUAGCAUAAGCAGAACAUCUAUUUGCCGGAUCCUCAAAACUCACAAGUUUCAUCCGUACAAAAUUAAUUUAGUUCACCAAUUAAAUAAAAAUGAUUUUGAUCGGCGACAACGGUUUUGUGAAAUUAUGACAGAAAGAUUAAGAGUUGACGUGGAUUAUCUUUUUAACAUUUGUUUUUCCGACGAGUGCACGUUUUUUUUAAACUCAACGGUUAAUCGUCACAAUUGUCGAUAUUAGUCAGAUAAUAACCCAAGCAUAUUUUGUGAAGUUCAUAGCCAAACUCCACAAAAACUAAAUGUGUGGGCCGGAAUCUUUGGAGAUCGAGUACUUGGCCCCAUUUUCCUAGGUGGUAAUCUAAUGGGAGAAAGUUAUUUAGAUUUACUUGAAAAUGUUGUACAUCCAUUACUUGUUGAUAUCGUCGAACAUGACGACCGAUACUUAGAAGACCACCUUACUUUCCAACAAGAUGGAGCCCCCCCGCAUUAUGCAAGGCCAGUUACAGAAUUUUUGAACACGGUUUUUCCUGGGCAUUGGAUCGGACGUAGAGGUCCUUUAGAAUGACCAGCUAGAUCCCCAGAUCUUAGUCCUCUUGAUUUUUUUCUUUGCGGACAUUUAAAAAGUAAGAUCUAUGCAACCGAACCAGGAUCUCUUGAAGAAUUACGACAAAGAAUUGUAGACGAGUGUUCUAAAAUAACACCCGAAACUUUCCGAAGUGUAAGGAACCGUUUUGAGCAAAAUUUGUAUUAUUGUAUGGAGACUAGUGGUGCUCAAUUCGAACAUUUAUUGAAUACUUGAUAACUUUUUCUUAUGUUUGUUACUUUAUUUGAAAUAAAUGUUUGUUUAGUUAAUAAAAAAAUGGAU